CAUGGAACAUCGCUCCCUCUGCGACCCUCACGCCUCAGUUCCAGUCUCAACAUGGUUCAACGGUGCCUCCCUCCCGGCGGGUAACUUAGCCCCUGCGCAGAAUGUCGCCCCGCAUAAGGGCUUCAUCACAGUCGCGCACCGGGAUCAGUACCGUGCUCUCGCUACGGCGCAAGAACCGUUCCAAGUGGUGUGAUUAUCAGGACUAUAGCUACAUGUACGAAUGGGACCUGUGUAGUGUAUGCUCUAUGUAUGUCACGUCCGAAACGCGCCGUCCGCUGAACUCCCAGAGUCACUGCGAUCCGCGCCCUCCUCCCGCCUAGACAGCCUUCCCGUGCGUCGUAGUGCUCUUGUUCUUCGCCUUGUCAGCCGCCUUCGCGUGCGCCGUCCCGCUCGGCCUCGGGACAAUCGUCACCGCCGUGUUGUACGGGCUGUACGACGAGGGCAUCUCCUCCAGCUCGGUAUCCCCAGCCUUCGUAACCUUCGUGCCCGACGAACCCGAGCCGACGUUCGACACGUCGUUCACCACCGUCCCGCCGGGCGUCUGGAUGCGCUCGUUCGUGGCGGCGCGUUCGGCGAGGUACUUUGCGAAGCGCGCGCUGCGUUUGGACGAUUUGGUUUGGUGCUGCGCGUGCGAGCGCGGGGGCGGCGGGUCCUCGUUGUCCGCGCUGUCCGGAGCGGCGGCGGGGGCGUGGUUCUGCACGACGUAGCGCCGCCCGAGGAGGGUUUCAGGGUCGUUGCGGAGCCGCCAGGGCGUGUGCGCCGGGAGUGCGGUGGGUAUGACGGGAGAGGAAUGGACCAAGGGCGCGAGGAGCAAUACGGCGAGGAACGAAGACUUGAGGGAAGGCAUUUUGCACGGGGGAUGAGGCCGGUAGAAUAGGGUAGUUUUGAGUGCGGUAGACGUCGGACCAGCCUGUCUGGGAGCGCGGAGGACGGAUUAAACGAAUAGUAUGGUAGAGAGAGGA